UUGUUGUUACAGAUAAUCGGUACGGGCUAGCCCAAUACAAAACCCGUCGACUUUCACAGUGUUCUUCCGGGUUCCAAGUCAGAACUCAGAUGAGUGUCUGAUCGGAAAUUCUGCACUGCGACUUCCCGAGUCCUAAAUCGCCCCCUCUCAGCCGCAGACAAUGGCCGAUCACGAUCACAACCACCACCACUACCGCCCGCACCGCCUGUCUCUCCCGCAGCGCACCGCCGUUCCGGCCACUACUCUUAGAACCCCUCUCUUUCCUCCUUCAACACCCACUCCCACGCCAUCGAAAGCUCGCGCCUCUGCUCUUCUUCCCCUGAAAUCUUCUUCUCACAGCAACAAGACUUCAUCCCUUUCCUUCCUAUUCCUUCUCCUCUUCUCCCUCCGCUCUCUGUACUCUCUCCUCCCUUUCCUCCGCUCGUCUCCGUCGUCUUUUUCUAUCUUCCCCUUUUCUUUCCUCGUCUCCCUCUUCUCUUUUGUUCUCACCUUACUCUUUUCUCUCUUUGCCUACCCUUCUUCAUCUUCUUCAUCUUCUUAUUCCAGAGACCCUUUUCGCCAAAAGCAACGCCUGCCUAUCUUCUCCCUCACCUCUAUGACCCAAUCUCAACAUAUUCAUCUUUUGGCUAAGUCAAUUCUACAAGCUGUGGUCUUCCUUCUCAGAUUCCAGGCUCUCAGAUAUUGCGGCGCCGCAGCAAUGAUUUUGGCAGAACUGUCCGGCAAUGUGGCUGCUCGGUGCAUAGCCUGUGGAAGAAAAAAUCAAAACUUUGGUGAUCCGGGCAAUCUCGGAUCAUCUAGAAUCGGUGGGUUUAUAGCUAUGUUCUUUGGGUUGUUUUUUUUAUCUGUGAGUUGGGACAGAAUUGAAUGCUUCCCUCUGUCGUCUGUGAAUAUUAAUAAGUUGGGAAUUUCAGCUUUUGCUAGUGGAAAUUGUGUUAGGGUUUGGCCUAUGUUGCUUCCCUUUUUGUCUGGGUUUUUGGGGUGCUACGAUCGGAUUACAAUGAACCCCACAACUUUAAGGGAAAUUGGGCAGAAGCGGGUUCGGUUGAUUUCAUUGUUGUACACUACAGUUUUGCUUUUCAUACCUGCUGCUGUGAGUAUGGUUGUCUUCGAAGCAGAGGGCGAAAAUGUCUCUUUAUCGAAUCUUGGCUGGCCCUUGGUGAAUACAGUACUGUUUGGUGUGCUUUUGAGUGAGAACUACACAGAUGACAAACCAUUUCCAUCAAAAGAUUUUCAGAGAGAGUAUAUAGUCACUUAUGCGUGUACACUUAUCUUGGAACUGUUUUAUUUUCCUGAGCUUUCACUCUGGGGACUGUUGAUUUGUGGCUUCUUGCUCUGGAUUGCCGUCAGAAAUUUAGAUCCUUCUAAUCAUCUUGAGUUAGGGUUUGAAUCACCCGAGUCGUUGAAUGCUUCCGUUAUGAGCCCACUUCGCCACAUCUUGAGGGAAAGGAAGUCCCGAAAGAUUGCUCUUUUUCUCUUGAUCAAUACAAUGUACAUGGUUGUUGAGUUUGUUGUAGGGUUUAUGAAUAAUAGUCUUGGUUUGAUAUCAGAUGCUUGCCACAUGUUGUUUGACUGUGCUGCCCUUGCUAUUGGAUUGUAUGCGUCAUACAUAUCCCGUUUGCCAGCUAAUGCCCAGUUUAACUAUGGCCGUGGGAGGUUUGAGGUUCUCUCUGGGUAUGUUAAUGCUGUUUUCCUGGUACUCGUUGGAGCUUUGAUUGUUCUCGAAUCGUUUGAGAGGAUUUUAGACCCUCAGGAGAUCUCUACUAACAGUCUGUUGUCUGUGUCUGUUGGAGGGCUCAUUGUUAACAUUGUAGGCUUGAUUUUCUUUCAUGAGGAACAUCAUCAUGCUCAUGGUGGGUCCGCUUCAUGUGGACAUUCACAUUCCCACCAUCAUUCACAUGAUCAUAAGAAAGAACACAUUACUGUUGUCCAUGACUGCCAUGACGACUCGUGUUCUAGUCCCCAUGGUGGGCCCGCUUCAUGUGCGCAACCACAUUCCCAUCAUCAUUCACAUGAUCACAAGGAAGAACACGUUACCGUUGUCCAUGACUGCCAUGAGGGCUCGCGCUCUCGCUCGCAUAGCCAUGAAAACGUUGAUUUAGGUAAUUUCGAGACUCCAGACAGACCCUUAAAGAGUGGUGAAAAAGAGAACCACCACCACCAUCACAACCACCACCACAUUGACCAUAACAUGGAAGGCAUCUUUCUGCACGUGCUAGCCGACACGAUGGGAAGUGUGGGGGUGGUGAUUUCAACACUGCUGAUCAAAUACAAAGGGUGGCUUGUUUCAGAUCCAGCCUGCUCAAUCUUCAUAUCUGUACUGAUAGUGUCCUCAGUCAUCCCCCUGCUCAGAAACUCUGCAGAAAUCCUGCUGCAGAGAGUUCCCAGAGGCCACGAACGCGACCUGAAAGAAGCCACAAGCAAUAUCAGGAAGAUGGAAGGUGUGCUUGACAUUCAGAGCCUGCAUGUUUGGAGCUUCACAAACACAGAAGUUGUUGGCACUGCUCACCUCCGCGUCUCAACUGGCACCGACAAGAUUGCUGCAAAGAACAAAGUAGCGGAUUUGUUACGCGAUGCUGGCGUGAAGGACUUGACAAUCCAGGUGGAAUGCGUCAAGGGUAGCUAACAGAAUUGGAUCUUGACAAAAUUUCAUAGUGUUCGCUUAUAGGCACGCGGAUGAAAGUCUUUGGUACAUCAAGGAAAUGAAGAAGUUUCAUCUGUUCCAUGGUCUUUUACCAGUAGCAUUUGGAGAUGGUGGGAGUGAGUGCAAGGUUUUGAGGAACUUCAAGACUCAUCAUAUUUGGUUGAAGACUAAGUGCAAAGCUUCCUUGAUAAACUCAUAUUUUCAAGUUUUUAUAUUGUAGGUUUUUUUUUUUGAGUUAAUGAAAAAAAAUCUACAACUCCAGCUUGUUUCUAAUCAUAAAAUGUUUGAAUUCAG